AAUAGGAUCUAGUUUGAAGUGCACAAGCAGAUCUGCCACAAGAAUACGCAGAUCGAGGAGCUCCGUUGCCGGCCAAGUUGCCCAUUCCCCAAGUGUCUGCGCAUUAACGACAAAUAGUAGAACUAUGCCCACGUCCGCAGCAGCCAAGGUAUUGGCCGAGGUGUAUCGCCUGCACCACAUCCCGCUGCCGCCCAUCACGCUGCAGGCGCUACUGAAGCGCGGCCCGCACGCCAGCCAAGCUGUCGCUGCGUCACUCCAGAACGAUCCACAGGCGCUCUCCAAGUGGCGCGAGGUGAAUGCACCCGCCAUCGUUACGUCCGCGCAGUUGCUGCACCGCGAAGUUCCCAUCCGUAUCGCGCGUCGUAUUGUGGACCUCGAGAACCUGCCGGACGAGCUGCCACAGGCCGCGCCCAUCGUGUCACUGCGCGAGCAGCUACUAGACAGCUUCGACCGCCUCAUGAGCUGCCCGCUACCCGCCAACCUCGCGAGCGAGCGUGAUUUUAUGGAUCUGCACCGCAAGAUCCGCAAGCAACACGCCACUAUGCACGGCAACAUCGCCGAGGCCGUACAGGCGCUCGAAUACGAGCCCCAGGGCCUCAGCGAAUCGCUGGACAACUUCUACAACUCGCGUAUCGGCAUUCGCAUGCUUGUGGACCAGCACGUUGCAGCCCAGACUCCUAAGUCUGGCUUCUCAGGCAUUGUUAACGACGAGACCUCUCCCGUUAAGAUCGCACGGGACAUUGUGCAACAGGUGCGCCCGUUGUGGCAGGAGAGUCUCAGUGGCGAGCAGCUGCCCGAGAUCAUUGUCAGCGGCGAUGAAGACGCCACGUACCGCUAUGUACCGCAGCACAUUGAGAUCAUCUUAACUGAGGUGUUCAAGAACGCUGUGCUCAACAGCGUUGCGGCCGCAAAGAGGACUGGAGCCUCGUCGCCUCCGCCUGUCAAUGUGUUGAUCUCUGGUGGACAGCAUGGCGUGUGUGUCAAAGUGUCGGAUCUGGGCGGUGGCAUGACCCGUAAGGAAGCCAACGAGCUGUCCAACUACUACCACACGGCCACGUCCCCACCCUCGAGCGGAUACGAUCCCGUAGCGGACGUGCUGGAGAGACGUGCCAGUGGAUUGGACUUCUCGGAUUCGUUCGGAUUGCGUAUCGCGCAGCUCUACGCCAAGUACUUUGGCGGCGAGCUGGCUAUUAUGCCUAUGGAGGGACACGGCGUGGACACGUAUAUUUACAUGAACUGCCUCACUGGCGCAUCAGAGCUCAAGUAGGUUAAGCCAAGUGCAGCGACUGAAAGAUUCACACAGUUUACAGUUAGCAAAAAGCUUGCAGCAGGAUGAAGAAAAAUGCAGUGUGUACGACGUGCUAGCAAUGAUAAAAAAAACUGGAAUACUUUCUGGGCUUAUUUAGUUUAGCCGUUUUUUUUUUUAAUGUCCAAGAAAUCGCUCG